AUGAAAAUUAAUAAGAAAGGAUCUCAGCUAACUCCUGUUUUACAUCUUGGAGCUGGAGCAUGUGCUGGAAUAAUUGCCAUGUCCGCAACUUAUCCAAUGGAUAUGGUUCGAGGCAAGAUAACUGUACAGACAGAGAAGUCCCCUUACCAAUACAGAGGGAUGUUCCAUGCUUUGACAACUGUGCUUAGGGAAGAAGGCCCACGUGCUUUAUAUAAGGGUUCCAUUGUAGGUCUAAACUUUGUUGUUUAUGAGUCUUUGAAAGAUUGGUUAGUUAAAUCCAAGCCGUCUGGUCUAGUGCAAGAUUCCGAGUUGUGUGUGACAACUCGCCUGGCAUGUGGUGCUGCACCUGGAACUGUUGGGCAAACUGUUGCUUAUCCCCUUUGA